ACAAAUUCACAAAAAUCAACUCAACUAUGAAAAGAUUAGGGUUUUAAAAUAAUAAUAUCCCAAAAAAAUCCUCUCCGAAAUCAUCGAAUUCACAACGAUGCUCGAGUGUCAAUCGAUGAUGGAGAAAAUAUCACCGUUCAUGGACAUGGCUUCGCUAGAGAUCGAGUCUCUGCGAAUGAUCAAACGCCCCAAACGCUUUUCCUCCGAUGAUGAUGAGUCUGAGACGACCACCACCACCACGACGUCGUCAAACGCGGUUUUCGGAUUCCCGAAUUUACCGGAAGAACCGAGUAAUCGCGAUUGUGAUCGGAGCGUUUUGUGCAGAAUCCGCGUUCGAUUACCAGAUGGGAGGAUAAUACAGAGAAGUUUCUUGAAGAGUGAAUCGGUUCAGCUUCUUUGGUCGUUUUGUUACUCUCAGAUUGAUGAAUCUGAGAGGAAGCUUUUUAAGCUGAUCCAUGCGUUUCCUGGGGAAUGUAAGACUCUUCACUAUGGAUCUAAUACUACUUUUGAACAAUCUGGUCUUGCCAAUUCUGUUGUCUCGGUUACUUGGGUCUGAAGUAGUAGUGAUAAGCCUUCUUCUUCUUUGCCUUCUUCUUUUCUUCAUUUAUUUCGAUCUGUAAUUACCACCAAAAGAUUAAAAACUUUGUUUAUGGUUUACUCAAUUCUUGGAUUUGCAGAUUGGUUCUUGAUUUGUUUGGAAUAGUGAAAUCGUUGUUUUAUGUAUA